AUGGGUCAUCUGGUUACUCUUGCAACAUGCUCCCUCAACCAGUGGGCUCUCGAUUUCGAGGGCAACUGUGAGCGGAUUAUCGAAAGUAUUCGUCAAGCUAAGGCAGCUGGAGCCACGCUCCGAGUUGGCCCCGAGCUUGAGAUAACCGGUUAUGGCUGUCUGGAUGCUUUCCUCGAGGGCGAUACCUAUCUGCACUCGUGGGAGAUGUUCGCCCGCAUCAUCGAUCACCCCGACUGCCAAGAUAUCGUGGUUGACGUUGGUAUGCCUGUGCGCCACAGAGAUUGCAAGUGGAACUGCCGCGUGAUCUUUUACAACCGGAAGAUCAUCCUCAUCCGUCCGAAGAUGUGGCUGGCCAAUGAUGGUAACUACAGAGAAAUGAGACACUUCACCCCGUGGCAGCGUCCCCGCGAAGUCGAGGACUACUACUUGGAGCAGAUUGUCGGCAAGAUCACUGGGCAGUACAAGGUGCCCUUUGGCGAUGCGCUCAUCAGCACCAGGGAUACAUGCAUUGGUCUGGAAACUUGUGAAGAGCUCUUCACCCCUAAUGGUCCUCACAUCCCGUAUGGUCUUGCUGGUGUCGAAAUCUUCUCUAAUUCUUCCGGAAGUCAUCACGAAUUGAGGAAGCUUGAUACCCGUAUCAACCUCAUUACCCAAGCCACGAAAUUGAGUGGUGGUAUCUAUCUCUACGCAAACCAGCAAGGUUGUGAUGGUGAUCGACUCUACUAUGAUGGUUGCGCAAUGAUUGUGGUCAACGGCAAUAUCGUGGCCCAAGGCUCACAAUUCUCCUUGAAUGAUGUCGAAGUCGUUACAGCUACUGUCGAUAUUGAAGAGGUCCGGACCUACCGCACUAGUGCCAGUCGUGGCAUGCAGGCCAGCAUGCAGGCGCCCUAUGUCCGUCUCGACCUGGACACGAGACUGUCCCGUCUGGAUGAUGAGGCUGAUCCUGGGCUUGCGCCUUCUGAAACUCUCACACCACGCUACCAUGUCCCCGAGGAAGAAAUUGCUCUUGGUCCGGCUUGUUGGCUCUGGGACUACCUGCGACGAAGCGGAGCUGCUGGAUAUUUUGUUCCUCUGAGCGGAGGUAUUGACAGCUGCGCGACUGCCAUCAUUGUUCACUCGAUGUGCAGAGAAGUCAUCAAAGCCGUCCAACAAGGAAACGAGCAGGUUAUCAAGGACGUUCGCAGGCUCUGCGCCGAGCCAGAAGAUUCCACCUGGCUUCCUACUACGAGCCAGGAGGUUUGCAACCGCAUCUUCCACACCAGCUACAUGGGCACUCAGAACUCCAGCAAGGAGACCAGAGACCGGGCUAAGAGGCUCGCCGCGGACAUUGGCGCCUACCACACCGACUUCAACUUUGACACCGUUGUCAAUGCCAUGAUGACCCUCUUCACUGUUGUGACCAACUUCCAGCCUAAAUUCAAGGUACACGGCGGAAGCUGGGCUGAGAACCAGGCGUUGCAGAACAUCCAAGCCAGACUGAGAAUGGUGCUAUCAUACCUGUUUGCGCAGUUGCUACCGCUGGUCCGUCAGCGCCCAGGGGGUGGUGGACUGCUUGUUCUGGGCUCGUCCAAUGUUGAUGGUACUCUCCGCGGCUACUUGACCAAAUACGACGCAAGCAGUGCAGAUCUCAACCCCAUCGGCUCCAUCAGCAAAGUCGACCUCAAAAAAUUCAUCGCCUGGACUCGCGACUCCUUCGAUCUCCCCAUCCUGAACGAAUUCCUCCACGCCACUCCCACCGCCGAACUCGAGCCCAUCACAGCCACCUACGUCCAAUCCGACGAAGCCGACAUGGGCGUCACCUACGCCGAGCUCUCCGUCUUCGGCUACCUCCGCAAAGUGGCGAAACUCGGGCCCUGGUCUCUCUACGAACGGCUCCUCCACAUGUGGGGCAACGAGUACAGUCCUCGCGAGAUCUACGAGAAGACCCGUCUCCUUACUCGGUCGUAUGCGAUUAACCGACACAAGAUGACGGUCCUUACCCCGAGUUAUCACGCCGAGCAGUAUUCUCCGGAGGAUAACCGACACGAUCUGAGACAGUUUUUGUAUCCCACAUUCUCAUGGGCGUACAAGAAGAUGGAGGCUAGUGUGGAGUACUGGGAAUCGAAGGGAUGGACUGCCGGUAAGGCACAGAAGAAGAGCGUGAAGGCUGAUUAGAGGAAUCAGUGGAUAUUGACUAGGAGUAUUUCUCGGAAGAAGAUGUGUAGUAGAGGGGCGGCUAGCGAUGAUAGAUGUUAACGUGUAUCACGAUACAAGGUAUAUACGUCAGAUGUAUGUGGAAUGAUGAAUACGCAUGUAGCAUUUUGCUAUGGAUGCAUAACCAACACCGAAUGUUGAGAUCGAGGAUUUAUCCUCUUUGGUACAAUGACAGACUGAAGAUCACAAUGUAU